CCUUCCCUCCUUCUAGGGGCAUGUCUGUGGCUGUCACUGUCUCCCCCCGCACAUACCUCUCUCGCCCGGUCUCCCGGCCCCUCCUCCCGGGGCUGUCUCUCUGUCUCGCUCUCUCUUCCUGGUCACUGCAGGCUGCAGCAGCCGCCUCCGCCUCCGCCAAGCAGACGGCAAGAAAGAGACGGAGACUUGGGGAAAGUCCGGGGAAGAGGCAGCCGGGAGCGGUGGGAGAGGGCCGGGGGCAGCCUGAUGGCGCUGGUCACCCUGCAGCUGUCCUCCCUGGAGGGGGGGACAGGACCCACACCUGCCCAGGAUGAUGAAAAAAGCAGAAGGAGGCGAAUGCAAAGACGGCAGAGCUUUGUCAUGGUGAAAGGAGCUGCCCUUCUACUUCAGGAUGAGGGGGAACCCGAGGAGAUCACAGAGCCUCCACAAACAUCAGGCCCCAGUGAACAACAGCUCCACCUGCAGGCCAUGCUGAGACUGCUGCGGGACGAAGACACUCUUCAAUUGGCUGUCCGUCUGGAGCCAGUCCGGUCAUGUCUAACCAGAUAUCUGCUGGUGGUUUCCUGCUCGGGAAGAGCCAACGAGGAACAAACUGUUCUGCUGGGUGUGGACUUUCCUCACAGCGGGUCUAAUGGCUGCACUAUAGGUACUGUUCUCCCAGUGUGGAGUAACACGCAGGUCUUCAUAGAUGGAGAUGGGGGAUUCAGUGUUACAUGUGGGAUGGAUGUCAGGGCAUUUAAACCUAUAUCUGUUCAAACUAUGUGGUCGCUGCUACAGAAGCUCCACAAAGCUUGUGAGGCUGCAGAGACAAACAUCUACAUCCUGGGCAGCAGUCUCCAUCCUGGGCUUGUGUAUUACCAGGAUCAUAAAUGCUCACCCCCCGGAUGUGUUAGUGCAUGGACAGCCACGCCAGACAUCACAUCUACAUGGAGAGAUCCCACCACCCCAGAGAGAGAAGAGACAGAGAAAAUAAUCCGAAAAAAAUUGCGAGAUAUCUUGAGGGAGAGUGAUCUUGAGAACAUUACAUCUAAGCAGGUUCGGAACGCGCUGGAACAGCACACUCACUGUGCUCUGCAGGACUACACAGAGUUCAUCGAUAACGAGAUGAUCAUGAUCCUGGCUCAGAUGGACCGGCCCUCUGAGAUCUUCUCUUAUCUUUAUCUGGGGUCAGAGUGGAAUGCCUCCAAUUUGGAAGAGCUUCAGAAGAACAAGGUCACACACAUACUGAACGUCACCCGAGAGAUCGAUAACUUCUUUCCUGAGACAUUUAAGUACCUAAAUAUCCGAGUCCUGGAUGAGGAGAGCACAAACCUACUGCAGUAUUGGAAGGAGACGUAUAACUUCAUCUCCUCUGCCAAACGCCAAGGCUCCCAUGUCCUGGUACACUGUAAGAUGGGCGUCUCUCGCUCAGCCUCCACCGUUAUUGCAUAUGCCAUGAAGGAAUAUGAGUGGACGUUGGAAGACGCUUUAAAACACGUUAAGGACAGACGGAGCAUUGUACAACCCAAUGCCGGUUUCCUGCGACAGUUACAGACUUACCAGGGUAUCCUAGGAGCAAGUAAACAAAGGCACAGUUAUCUGUGGCAUCCCAGUUCCGAGGCCCAAUUCCCGCAGGUGCCACCCCCUCCAGACCACUUGCCUGACUCUACUAUCACAGCACCAACCUCUACAAAGAGGAAAAUGAACCUACGUGCUCUUAUGAGGUCCAUCAGUGAGAUGGACACCUCAGACCAUGUUCCAGAGCCACAGGAAGGAAAAGGUAGAGAAGAGAGCCAACCGGGCCUUUUGGACGCUGAGUCUGAAAGGCCUGGGAGUGUGCCAGAGCAUCUGGACAGUAUGUCUGAAGGGCAUCAGAGCUUGUUGGAGCAGCUGGACAGUGUGUCUGAAGGGCAUCAGAGCUUGUUGGAGCAGAUGGACAGUGUGUCUUCGUUGGAUGAGAGCUUUCACGGCUCUCCAAUAAACUUUAUGGACCAAGAAGAGAGUUUAAACCAAAUGGAGCAUCCAGACACCUAUGUCCAGGAAUUAGAAGGAACCUCAAUAAAGGACAACACAAAGCUUGAGGAGAGCACCUCUGUAGAUGAGGUAUUCAAGAGCAGUACGCCUCCUCCAGCCCCCCGCACUCCCUCCUCAUCUGCCCGCCGGAGGUCAAGGCGCAAAAAGAAGCUUGUGUCCCAACAAUCCAUAGAAGUCCUUCAGGGAGGCUGUGUUGCCAAGUCGCAAUCAGUGUCCGAGCUGGAGGGGGCAGCACUCGUAUCCAAGCGCCUGCAAGAGGCAGAACAACUAAGCCGCAAAGCCAGGAUCAUUCGGCAAGACAACGUGGGGGAAACGCCAGAGGGGUCAUAGGCCACCUGGCGUGGCCUGCAGAUGUGGACAGUAUAUAGCUGGGGAGCAUCCUUUUAUUUUUGUACAAAUGUUUUUAUCUUUUUUUUUUUUUUUUUUCACAGCGUCACCAGAUGCGAGACGAGAGGUUUUUAAAAGAGGCAGAAAGACUCAGGGAUGGCAUUAAAAUGUCAUAUUCUCUUAUUCAUAGGCAUAAAUUUAUAAUUUAAGGUUUUUCCAUUUAAUAAUAUGUAUUCUAAUAAAAGCAGGGAGGAGUAA